GGGUCCCGGUGCCGGCGGGGCGGCCAUGGCGCGGCGGGCCGUCCUGUUCGAUCUCGGCGGGGUGCUCUUCGGGCCCGGCCUGCAGCACUUCCUGGGCUCCUGCGAGCGGGACUGCGCGCUGCCCAGGAAUUUCUUGCGGGAGGUGAUGGUCACCGGCGGCUCCCAUAGUCCUUAUGCCAAAAUGAUGAGGGGACAGAUCACCCUGUCCCAGCUGUUUUCAGAGCUAGAAGAGGGCUGCAAGCAGCACGCAUCCACCUUGGGCACAGCCCUGCCACCCACCUUCUCGGUGGCCCGAGCCUUCGAGGAGAUGGCAGCCAAGGGGACGAUCAAUGUCCCCCUCCUGCGGGCAGCCAGGGUGCUGCGGAGGAAUGGGUUUAAGACCUGUGUCUUCACCAACAACUGGGUGGACGACAGCGCCGGGCGGCUCUUCACGGCCCGCCUGAUGACCCUGCUGCGCCGGCACUUCGACCUGGUCCUCGAGUCCUGCCGGCUCGGGGUGCAGAAACCGGAUCCCCAGAUCUACGCCCACGCCUUGGAUGUGCUGCAGGCAAAGCCAGAGGAGGUCAUCUUCCUGGAUGACAUUGGGGAGAACCUGAAGCCGGCGCGGGAGAUGGGCAUGGCCACCAUCCUCGUCAGGGACACCGAGACCGUCUUGAAGGAACUGGAGGAGCUCUCGGGUGUCCAGCUUCUCACCCAAGAAGAGCCACUGCCAACUACAUGUGAUCCAUCUGAUGUCACCCAUGGAUACGUGUCCAUCCGGCCUGGUGUCCAGCUGCACUUUGUGGAAAUGGGGCAUGGUCCUGUGGUCUGCCUGUGCCAUGGCUUCCCUGAGUCCUGGCUCUCCUGGCGCUAUCAGAUCCCGGCUUUGGCUGAUGCUGGCUUCAGGGUGAUCGCUCUGGAGAUGAAGGGCUACGGGGAGUCCACAGCCCCACUGGACAUAGAAGAAUAUUGCCAGGAGCAGAUAUGCAAGGACCUGGCAGUUUUCCUGGACAAACUGGGCAUCCCGCAGACCGUGUUCAUUGGCCAUGACUGGGGUGGUGCCGUGGUCUGGAACAUGGCUCUGUUCUACCCCGAGAGGGUGAGAGCGGUGGCCUCGCUGAACACCCCGUACCAACCUGCUGACCCCACUGUGGACAUCGUGGAGAAGAUGAGAACGUACCCCACCUUUGAUUACCAGUUCUACUUCCAGGAACCGGGCAUUGCAGAAGCGGAGCUGGAGAAGGACAUCGGCCGGACUCUGAAGGUCCUGAUCCGCUCUGCGCGCCAGGAGGAUCGGCUGCCCUGUACCCACAAAUUCCACCAGGUCCAGGAGCGAGGGGGGCUGCUGGUGGGCUUCCCAGAAAACCCCCCUGCCAGUCAGAUCCUGCACGGCCCUGAGCUGCAAUACUACAUCCAGCGCUUCCAGAAAUCUGGCUUCAGAGGCCCCUUGAACUGGUACCGCAACAUGCGACCCAACUGGCACUGGGCUGUCUCCGCCAAGGACAGGAAGAUCACAAUGCCAGCGCUGAUGGUGACGGCUGGGAAGGACGUGGUGCUACAUCCCAACAUGAGCAAGGGCAUGGAGGAGUGGAUCCCACAGCUCCACCGGGAGCACCUUGAGGAGUGUGGACACUGGACACAAAUGGAGAGGCCAGCAGAUGUCAACAGGAUCCUGGUGGGAUGGCUGGAGGGACUCCCCGCCGAUACCCCUCUGCCCAUGAUCUCCAGGCUGUGAGCAGGACCUUCGCUCAUCCUCGGGCUCAUUUUUGCCUUUUAUUGUUCAGUUUUUGCCUUUUAGAAUUUGAUUUUUGCCUUUUAGGGUUUAAUUUCUUUAAGGCUCGAUUUGCAUUCUUUGGGGGGGAUCAGUGGGUGGAAGGUGAUGGAUGGGCCGGGGCUGGGAGGAGGGUGACACAGCAUCGCUCCUUUGUGCAGCUAAAAGGGCCCCCGGAGAGGUCCUGGGGGGGAGGGUGUGUUUCUGGGGUACUGGGAGGUGGUUUUGGGCUGGACCCCUCCUUGUGCCAUGGCAGGGGCUGCAUGGGGGCUGCCCCAUCACCCUGACCCCAUCCCAGGGGUUUCCAUUGCUGGGGGAAGUUGGCUUGUGGUUGGUUUUGGCGUGGAGCUUUUAAUGCAGCAAUAAUAAUAAUAAUAAUAAAUAAUAAUCAUAGUAAUAAUAAUAAUGUCUGAAAAAUCACCUUCUGCCUUGUAACUCUUGAGAAAUAAAGCAGAGAGUGAGCCAA